AUGGAAAACUUAAUUGAGAUUGGCGUAGACGGUGCUAAUGUCAUGGUUGGAAAAUACAAUUCUUUUUCGACUCAUGUAAAAGCUAUGACAAAUCGAGAUUUAGUGGUAAUUAAGUGUGUUUGCCACUCUCUCCACUUGGCUGCUGAGCAUUCUUUUAAAUCACUUCCCAAACAUUUAGAUUUUUUAAUAAAAGAAUCUCACAACUGGUUUAGUUGCAGUUCUAAGCUUGGAUUAAAUGUGGACACAAUGACUGAACGGGUUAAUGCCAUAAAUAAAAUAUUGGAUCAGUGGGAUGUUCUAAAACUGCACUUUCAGCUAACAAAAGAUAGAGAAAGAUGCUAUACAUCACAACAACUUUUUGAGAUGUUAGAUGAUAAAAAAAAUUACCUGUACAAGGUUUUUCUGAAAAAAAAACUGAGAGAACUAACUGCCCUCAAUACAGCUUUCCAAAGUGACCAAGCUAAUUCUCUUAAAUUAAUGGAAGGCCUCCUGCACUUGCUUAGGAAUUACUUAAGUAUUCUUAUACCUCCAAUGCAUCUUGAAAAAGUUCUUGAUAAAGAUAUAUUUUCUUUCAAUUUCAAGGACUACGUCAUGAGCGCAACCAUUAUCAAUUUUGGUUACUCAUUUCAUGAAGCACAAGUGGGAAUAGAGAGGAACGAUGUAUCCUGCGUCCAAGAAAGGUGUAGACAUUUUUUAAUUGAACUUUGUUACCAAAUUCAAUCUCGAUUACCAUUCAACAUUGAAGUUCUCGAAAAAAUAAACUUGUUAACUCCUGAAAACGCGACGAGCCAAGUUAGAAGACCUGAUAUUACAACUUUAACUACGAGCUUCAAGUCAUUAAUCAAUGAGGAUGUUGAUGCUACUGUCAGUGAAUGGAAUCGAGUAGAAUGGGAGCAUCCAGAAACAGCUGAAUCUUUUUGGGUUGAAGUGUCCGAAAACAAAAAUACCUUGGAUGAAAAUUGGUUUGAAAGGAUAUCUAAAUUAGCACUAGCUCUUCUUUCGCUACCAUUUUCCAAUGCUGCUACAAGAAUAAACAUUCAGCUGUCUCUUCUAGAAUGGAGAACUGAUCAAGAACGUUGUCCUUACUAA